AUGACGCAAACACGGAAGGAGGGGACGGAGAGACAGACAGCAUCGCAGAAACAGUAUGAGGGCCAACACCCCAGUGUUAACACGGACAGAACAACCAGCCAGGCGGGCAAGGAGCCCGAGGACUCACACGGCUCCACAGCCCGAGGGGCCCGACAGCCGGGAAGGACACCCCCCCGCAGCCGCAGGGCACCUUCUACCGCAGUCACUCCCCUGCCCUCCCGCCCGUUCACGCGCCCCCCGUCCCCUCCACGGCACCCCCAACGGCUCUGCUUCCCUCCUCCGCCCUCCGGGCCGCCCCGGUCCUCUCGGGCCCUGAACCACGCCGCCCUGCGGCCACGGCUCCCAGCGCGCACCCUCCCCGGAACCCCGCCCCGAGCGCCUCCCCGCCGCCCCCCAAGGGCCUCCCUCCCCGGGGACUCACCUUCGCCCGGAUGCCCCGCAGGUUCUAAGCCUCCCCGGCUCCGCCGCCUGCUCCUUCCCGGGCUCGCCCGUCCUCUCCCUGCGCCUGCUCUCCCGCAGCCUCCCGGCCUCCGCACUCGCCCGCUUCUGUCCCCGCCGCUCCCGCCCGGCUUCUCCCCAGCGCCGUCGCCCGCGAGCCCAGGAGCGCUGCGGCACUGGGCGCGGCCUCCCGGGAGAGCACGUUCACCGUCGGCGGAAUCCGGGGCUCAAGCCCGGUGUCCCCCUCCCGCACCGCGGUCCGGGGAGGAGGCGCCUCGGCAGGGGCGGCCUGGGGGGCAGAGGGCCCGGCCCGUGGCCGCGGAGAGGCGGUUAGGGGCGGCGGGAGGGGCCAGCAGGGGACCGGCGGGCGCGGUGGGCCUCGUCCUGGUGCUGGGCGGCUGGCGCCGCUCUUCGGGAGCCGCACAGCCCGUGGUGGAGGUUCACCCGGCGCGGGAGGCCCGAGACGCCACGGAAGGGCUUCAGGGCUGCAUCCUGCCUAUGUCUGUGCUUCAGACUGUUCAAGAUACAAUGUUGCAGAUUUCUGAGGACCAUUUACGCUGGGAAACAUGGCUUCUCCCUCACAGUGAAGAACAGUUCAAGUGAAAAGCUUUUUCCAGCGGGAUGGACGCAAGUUCUGCCAGUGAGGCUGAAGCAACUGAGAAUCCGGGAACCAGGACCUUAGCGGGGUGGGGUGGGGGGGUUGUGUGGAGCCGUUCUUGGAUCCAGGAACCUACCUGCAAUUGAAAUCAAUUCAAGCAAUUUAAUUAAAUCCUGGAAUUUUCUGUGAGGGACAUGCAAACUAGAAUGUGAAACGAAAAGUCUACCUGGGGAAAAUACGGUUCUUCACACUGACACCCCAGUAACCGCCCUUGCACUUCGCCAUUCGUCCUGGAGUCAGAGCUCAACCCUCCGCUGUGUUCAAAGACUUUCCCAAAGAGGAGACCUGGCGAGGAGGGCUUGGAGGGCGGAGGCUUGUCCUGGUGCAGAUCUCCAGUCCUUGUGAGACAGGGAGCGCGGGUGUAGUCAGAGUAGGGGGAGGGCCUCCGGGAAAAGCAGGGCUGGAAGUUUGCAGUCAGAGCAGUGUGACUCACAGGGAACGCCUUGCAAGGACAGCAGUCUGGCCCAGGUGGCUCCCUUCUGCUGCUCGUUUGCUGUGCAGGAAGAAAUGUUGCAGAUACGAAAGCAGAAAGAUACAUAUUGCUCCCCUUGCCUUUGUUCAGGGCUCAGACCUUGGGAGAUAACUCCGGUCUGAGCCGCCGGUGUAAAACCCUCAACACUCCAAAACUUCCUAGUGCCACUUGGUUCUUUGGUCAGUGAUCCUGUCCAGGUUUUUCCAGGCCCAGCUUACUUUAUCUUUACCUUUACUUAUAUGCUGUUUUAUUUUCUCCUUCAGUGCCUAGUUAAGUAGUUCUGUAACCUAGGCAACUAAUUUAGCAUGGAGCCCCAGCAGUAAACAACAUAGUAAAAGGCAGGAAAGAUUCCAUCUUAAAGAGUGUAUUUUAAUACCCAGGAAGUUAAAAAUGUAGGAUUUUUAAGUUGCUCUUUAGCAAACAGAACAGCUCAUCCCACCUCGGGGGCUGGGAAGGAAGCUGUUUGAUCUGCUCCCAGACCCAGACACCGAUAUUCCAGGGAGAAAUCAGUGUGAGAACUUCCUUGUUGUAAUUGUAAGUAUUCAAAGACCAUUUAACAAGUCUGCACCCCAGUCCUUAGUCACAUUCCUAAAGAAUCCUUAAACGGGGGAAACCCCAACCUUUCCGGGCGCUCCCAUCUCUGAGGUCGCCCGCACUUGCUAAGUGCGUAACCUUUUAAUCUUAAGCUUUCUCUCUCCAAACCCUUCGGGGCGCCUCUCCUUGCUGAGGUUGCCUGCUGCACUUCUCUCUUUAACUUACUUUAAAUAAAACUUUUACUCUGCUUCA